GAACAUGAACUUGUUACCUGAGUUGGUACCACACUCUUGAUAAGUAAACAGAUGCGCGAUUAGAGAGAUUUAGACACCUUGUUUUUCAGACAAGGUUCGUCUGAACGUCAUAUGUCUGUCUAUGGCAACAUGACUCAACAAGUGCGUAUUCAAGAAGCCCUUAAAAAAUCGAUUGUCAUUGAGUCCUUUUGUGUCGUCACAAUAGCCGUGCCCCCAGCUGUGCCGGAACAAGUGUGCAUAAAUUAUGUUGAUGAGGUAAACAGGUGGCCAGCAUGGCAAGAUGGCGGCGGACCCUCCAAACUCCGAGUUCGCCACAACAGACAUGGAAGAGGACGACGACAGCGACUUGGAGGAAGCCUUGCAGGAGUUGCCGCUACGCAGGAGGGAGAGCUCUCGGUCCUACAACAGCUCGGGGUCCGACUGGAGCCUGAGCACGGUCCGGAGCAACUUCGGGGAAUGGCUCCUGCGAGAGGAGGGUGACGAAAGAGGGGGAGGGCUGGGGUUACUAGUAGACCAGCAGGAUCGGCGGUCGCUCAUCGACGGGCUUCUCUGCGAGCUGUACGACCGGGUCCCGUACGGUUUGGGGCGGGACAGCCUCGACAGCGACACCUACACGGAGUAUUCCUCCACUUCAGAGGUGCACUGUGCCGGGACGCGCUCUGAACAGGAGCUAGAGCCCUCCCAUCUUACGUACACGUCACGGGUACAGAGCGCCUGUCUACGAGAAAAGGAUGUGAAGGAGCUGCGUCAGAUGGUAGAGGAGCUGCGGAGGAGGACGAACAUGAUCUCCCAGAAGCUGGUCCGUCAGCUGAAGAGACGCGACCGCCGGAAGAGCAAGCUGCAGAAGAACUGCGACAUCCUGACCGCCAUCCUGCAGGCUGUGUCGGAGAAAAGAAGAAUUGACACAAGAAUGAAGUUCAGCAUAGAGCCCAUGCCAGGCAAGAAAGGCUUCAGACAGUGGUUUGAUGCAAUGAAGGCUGUCGUCCGUCUGCCGCACGGUCUUCCCAGCGAGUGGCGGAAAAGGGUGUGGCUGUGUCUGGCUGAUAAGCACAUCCAGAACCUGCAGCUGGACUGGGACAAGAUGUGCCGCCUCGCCUUCAACGAACGAAGCAACCCUGACGACGAUAAACUCGGGGUUCAGAUCGUGAAGGACCUUCACAGAACGGGUUGCAGUGGAUUCUGUGCGGAGCAGGACAGGGUGGUGCUGAAGAGAGUCCUCCUGGCCUACGCCCGCUGGAACAAGUCGGUGGGGUACUGUCAGGGGUUCAACGUCCUGGCUGCCCUUGUCCUGGAGGUCGUGGAGAGGGUGGAGGAGGAUGCUCUCAAGGUGAUGAUCUACCUGAUUGACUACGUGCUGCCUGACAGCUUCUUUGCCAACAACCUGCGUGCCUUGUCGGUGGAUAUGGCCGUGUUCAGGGAGCUGCUGAGGAUACGGCUGCCAGACCUCUCCAAACACCUGGACGACCUGCAGAGGAGAGCUAACUCCAACCCACAGGGGAACUACGAGCCUCCCCUGACCAACGUGUUUGUGAUGCAAUGGUUCCUGACUCUGUUUGCCACCUGCCUGCCCAAGUCCACGGUGCUCAGGGUCUGGGACUCCGUCUUCUUCGAGGGGUCGGAGAUCCUGCUCAGAACAGCCCUGGCCAUCUGGGCCAAGCUGGGAGAUCGUCUGAGGGACCUGGACUCGGCAGACCAGUUCUACGGGACCAUGGCCAUGCUGUGUCAGGAAAUGCUCAUGAUGAACUUGAUCGACCCCAAUGAACUUGUGCAGACGGUGUACAGUUUGGCUCCGUUCCCCUUCCCCGGCCUGGAUGAGCUGCGAGAGAAAUACACCUACAACAUCACCCCCUUCUCCCCGCUGGGCACAGACAAGGCCAAGAAGGCCAUGAAGAUGGCCACCAACAGCGACGAGGAAGUGGAACUGGACGAGGAUGACUUGGCCAUGGCUAUCGGCUGCUUUGGUGGGAUCUUCCCGCCAGAUGCUUCCCCCAAGAAAAAGGGAGAAAAAGAAGGUGAACAGAAGCCAGUGAGUGACAUGCGGGAGGUGAGCCCCGGAGCGUACUCGAGCCGUACGGAGCAUAUCGAGAUGACCCGUACGGCCCUGAUGGAGCGUAUGUCAACAGACAUCACGGCCCUCAAGAAACAGUACAUGCGUAUCCGCCAGAAACAGCAGAGAACACAUCUCAUCUAUCCAAAACAGGGUAAUGAAAACAAGAGCACCAGCACCCACAAGUUCUCGGCCACAGCGAGGGACACUCCCAUCGCCAUGAACCACCUGUACGUCGCCAGGAAGAUCGCCAGCAUCCAGGGCAAGACCAAGCGGAUCAAGGGUCCCGAGAUCCGCCCUGCGGCGCCGAGGGGCAGGCACCCGUCCGACGGGGGGAGACGGGACAGCGCCAGGAGGGAGUCCGGGAAUGACACGGACUCGGACGGGGGCGUGGAGAUACAGAUCCAGUGGACGUCGUCGCCACCGACGGGCCGGUCGCCAACGGAGGCCGCCGAGCGGAGAGGCUCCGAGCACAGCGUGGAAUCCAGCGUGGGGAGCGAAGCAUCGGGAAACACAGGGAAAGAGAGGGAGUCGGUGGACAGUAAUGAGGGGAGCGUAGUGUCCGAGCGGACGGGUAUGGAGGAGAUACAGGAAGAGGAGGGUGGAGGGAAGGAGAGCGAGGUGUGCGACACUUCGGACAGCGAACCCGAGCUGAAAACCACAUCAGAUAUUGUCCCACAGGACGUGGAGAGGAGCAACACUGUCCUCUCGCCAAUCCAGCCUUCCAGCGAGGACGAAACGCACGCCGACUUCAUGGCCAGGGGAAUGAGCUCGGCGUGCGACAGUUCCAGCGAAAACGACAGCACCGUGCCAACAACAGAAACGUGGAAACCUUUGAACACUGCCGGGGAAACCGACGCCACGGACAACAAGAAGAUGAAGCCGCGUCCGACUGACCUUGACCUUCAAGCCAUCAGUAACUUCUCAUCCAAAGACCCCCCCUCCCCCUCCAGCACGUCUUCCAUCGAGAACCAGAGGCCUUCCAGUCCAACCCUCCCGGGAAUCAAGUUGACGAAGGCGCGGCCAGACAGCGCGGGAACGAUCGGAGGCAAGUUCUACCCCUUCCCGCGACCCAAACAGUUCAAGACGGCGAAGGCAAAGAACGGAGUGCAGCUGAGCUUGUACAAACAGACGCCCGGAGAGAACCAAACUGUCACGUCGCCGACGAAGGGACCGUUCCCGGUGAUCAAGAGGUCACACAUCAACCAGUGUCUGCAGAGGCAGUAUAUGGCCAGCGCUUCCAAGACCACCACAUACAGAUAGUCGUGGUCUUCAUGUGUUAAUAAUAUAGCUUAGUAAUACCUGAUCUUGUACAUUUCAUUUGUACACAGCACUCAGUUGUUGGAAUUCUGUGCAAAACUUUUCAAAUAUAUUGUAUGCAACCUUGAUUUGAUGUUCAUAUGACAGAAAUCAGGACCACUGUGGAGUGAUGCUAAAUUGCUAAUGAAUAUAAAUGUCAUCUCCUUUCUCACUGAAGUUGUAUUCUCAUACACCAGUAGAGCUUCCACAUGAAGCUGUGCUGAUUGUUUGAUUGAUUGAUUGAUGUUAUGCAUUUUGAUAGAAAUUCUAUUGUUUGGGUUUGGAUUAUGCCAUACAUUCAUCUUUUUUUUUUGUUCUAAGUUGAAGAGGCAGAACAAUUGGAAACAAAAUUGUGGAGAAUAAAUUAUUGAUUAAGCUAAUUAUCUCGUUGAUUUGAUUCUUAUGCAAAGUAAGAGGAAGAAACAGGUAACAUUUGGUCUGUGGCACAGAUUUGCAUUAGGUUUACUUUAAUGAGGGUUUGAUACAUGAAUGUAUGGCAUACUCAAGAUGACUUUAAGUGCAAAUGAAGUUUCUAUGGAGAGAUACCCAAGCUUCUCUUCUGUUAGUCUUCAAGUUUUGAGUGGCAACUUGACAGGAAAAACUUAGACAUUAUGAUAGACUGUGUGCUGGUAGAACUACAUGCAGUAGUUAGUGUUAUGUUUAUUAUGAUAGGACAUAUUAUUUUAUGCUUUACGGUAAUGGAGCAUACUGUAUAAACAUGUACAUUUUGCUAUUGUUUAAGCAGAUUUAUGAUGCAAAAGAUGUACAUAUUUCUUGUACAUUCAGAGAUAUGCUAUUAUCUAUAUAGUAUUCAGAUUGGAAACGAAAAGAGAUAUCUAGUCUAUAGCUACUUGAAGAAUAAGUUUAGAUGUAGUGCAUUGAAGGAUGUGAUCUAGGUUGCAAUGGGCUGGUGCAAAAUGGUAAUUCUCGCUUUUGGAGUAGAACAUUGUAGAUAAUCAUGGCUUCUAGCUGCUGAAGAAAUGAAGAGAGGUCGAUUUUUCAGGGCUCUGUUGUACAUGUGCUAAUUAAGAAGAAGAACUUGCUGCAAUCAGGAAAAAAAUGUGUUGAAAUGGCAAUAAAAGCUA